AUGGUUCUUUCCUCCCUCUCUCCUUUUUCUCUAGGAUCUCGUCUCCGCCAGGAGGACUUUCCACCACGAAUCGUUGAGCAUCCUUCAGACGUGAUAGUCUCUAAAGGAGAGCCAACCACUCUGAACUGUAAAGCUGAAGGGCGGCCAACUCCUACUAUUGAGUGGUACAAGGAUGGAGAGCGAGUGGAGACGGACAAGGAUGACCCGCGCUCCCACCGCAUGCUGCUGCCCAGCGGAUCUCUGUUUUUCUUACGCAUCGUGCACGGCCGCAGGAGUAAACCUGACGAAGGAAGUUACGUUUGCGUGGCCAGGAACUAUCUCGGCGAAGCUGUGAGUCGCAAUGCAUCUCUGGAAGUGGCAUUGCUACGGGAUGACUUCCGCCAAAACCCUACAGAUGUUGUGGUGGCAGCUGGAGAGCCUGCCAUAUUGGAGUGCCAGCCACCUCUUAAAUAUAUAUUCCUUGUUUUGAACCAGAUACGUGGUGGGAAGCUGAUGAUCUCCAACACAAGAAAGAGUGAUGCGGGCAUGUACACUUGUGUUGGAACCAACAUGGUGGGGGAGCGAGACAGCGACCCGGCAGAGCUGACUGUCUUUGAACGGCCCACGUUUCUCAGGCGACCGAUCAACCAAGUGGUGCUGGAGGAGGAGGCUGUGGAUUUCCGGUGCCAGGUGCAGGGGGACCCCACACCCACGGUCCGGUGGAGGAAGGAUGAUGCAGACUUACCGAGAGGAAGGUAUGACAUCAAGGAUGACUACACACUGCGCAUUAAGAAGGCCCUGAGCACAGAUGAAGGAACCUACACGUGCAUUGCUGAGAAUCGCGUUGGCAAAGUGGAAGCCUCUGCUACCCUCACGGUGCGAGCUCGCCCCGUUGCUCCUCCCCAGUUUGUGGUGAGACCACGAGACCAGAUUGUAGCCCAGGGUCGAACAGUGACGUUUCCUUGUGAAACUAAAGGAAAUCCCCAGCCAGCUGUUUUCUGGCAAAAAGAAGGAAGCCAGAAUCUACUGUUCCCGAACCAGCCUCUCCAGCCCAACAGCAGAUACUCGGUGUCACCAACCGGGGACCUCACCAUUACCAACAUUCAGCGCUCUGAUGCAGGCUACUACAUUUGUCAAGCCCUGACGGUUGCUGGAAGCAUUUUAGCAAAGGCUCAGCUGGAGGUUACUGAUGUCUUGACAGACAGGCCCCCACCCAUCAUCCUCCAGGGACCGGUCAAUCAGACGCUGGCAGUGGAUGGGACAGCUCUGCUGAAGUGCAAGGCCACCGGCGACCCCCUUCCUGUCAUCAGCUGGUUGAAAGAGGGGUUCACCUUCCUGGGCAGAGACCCUCGAACAUCCAUACAGGACCAGGGGACUCUUCAGAUUAAAACUCUGCGGCUGUCCGAUACUGGGACUUACACUUGCGUUGCUACGAGUUCCAGUGGGGAAACAUCUUGGAGCGCUGUGCUGGAGGUGACAGAAUCUGGUGGAGCAACAGUCAGCAAGAGCUACGAUAUAAAUGACCUCCCUGGGCCACCAUCCAAACCUCAGGUCACUGAUGUUACUAAGAACAGUGUCACCCUGUCCUGGCAGCCAGGGACCCCUGGAAGCCUACCAGCCAGUGCAUAUAUCAUUGAGGCUUUUAGCCAGUCUGUGAGCAACAGUUGGCAAACAGUGGCUAACCACGUGAAGACCACCCUCUACACCGUGAGAGGACUGCGCCCCAAUACCAUCUACCUGUUCAUGGUGCGAGCCAUCAAUGCGCAAGGCCUGAGUGAUCCCAGCCCUAUGUCAGAUCCUGUCCGAACACAAGAUAUCAGCCCACCAGCACAAGGUGUGGAUCACAGGCAAGUCCAGAAGGAGCUGGGAGAUGUCAUUGUACGACUGCAUAAUCCGGUGGUGCUGACACCCACGACGGUGCAAGUCACCUGGACGGUUGAUCGCCAGUCCCAGUUUAUUCAGGGCUACCGAGUAAUGUAUCGCCAAACGUCCGGCCUACCUUCUCCAGCUGUGUGGCAGAAUUUGGAGGUCAAAGUCCCCACCGAGCGCAGUGCUGUCCUCGUCAGCUUGAAAAAGGGGGUCACAUAUGAAAUUAAAGUUCGACCUUAUUUCAAUGAGUUCCAAGGAAUGGACAGUGAAUCAAAGUCUGCUCGCACCACGGAGGAAGCUCCAAGUGCUCCUCCUCAAUCUGUGACUGUCCUGACGGUUGGAAACCACAACAGCACAAGCAUCAGCAUCUCCUGGGAUCCUCCCCCUCCAGAUCACCAAAACGGAGUCAUCCAGGAGUACAAGAUCUGGUGCCUAGGUAAUGAAACUCGAUUUCAUGUCAACAAAACAGUAGAUGCAGCCAUUCGGUCGGUAGUAAUAGGUGGCCUGUAUCCAGGUAUUCAGUACCGCGUGGAAGUUGCUGCGAGCACCAGUGCAGGUGUGGGAGUCAAAAGUGAGCCACAGCCCAUAAUAAUUGGAGGUCGUAACGAAGUUGUCAUCACUGAAAAUAACAACAGCAUAACUGAGCAGAUCACGGAUGUUGUCAAGCAGCCUGCCUUCAUAGCUGGCAUCGGAGGGGCGUGUUGGGUAAUUCUGAUGGGUUUCAGCAUCUGGCUGUACUGGCGCAGAAAGAAGAGGAAGGGGCUCAGCAAUUACGCUGUUCAGUCCUUCACCUUCACCCCUGCAGUCACUUUCCAGAGAGGAGAUGGAGGACUAAUGAGCAAUGGAAGUCGACCAGGUCUGUUGAAUGCAAGUGACCCCAGUUAUCCUUGGCUUGCAGACUCUUGGCCUGCCACAAGUCUGCCAGUAAACAACAGCACUAGUGGACCCAAUGAUCUUGGCAAUUUUGGUCGUGGAGAUGUGCUGCCACCAGUGCCAGGGCAAGGAGAUAAAACUGCUACUAUGCUUUCUGAUGGAGCCAUUUACAGCAGCAUUGACUUCACCACAAAAACUAGUUACAACAGUUCCAGCCAAAUAACACAAGCCACGCCAUAUGCCACCACCCAGAUCCUGCAUUCCAACAGCAUCCACGAGUUGGCUGUCGACUUACCUGAUCCUCAGUGGAAAAGCUCCAUCCAGCAGAAGAAUGACCUGAUGGGAUUUGGUUACUCUCUCCCAGACCAAGGCAAAGGCAACAAUGCCUUGCUUUACAUCCCUGACUACCGCGUGGCUGAGGGACUGGCUAAUAGAUUGCCACACAACCAGUCACAGGAUUUCAGCACCACCAGCUCCCACAACAGCUCUGAAAGGAGCGGCAGCCUCUCAGGUGGCAAAGGAGGGAAAAAAAAGAAAAACAAAAAUACUGCAAAGCCCCAGAAAAACAAUGGUUCAAACUGGGCCAGUGUUCCCCUCCCACCCCCUCCUGUGCAGCCACUUCCAGGCACAGAGCUGGAACACUAUGGGGUGGAUCAGCAAGAAGCAGGAUACGACAGUGAUGGUUGGUGUCCACCUUUGCCAGUUCAGACCUACCUCCAUCAGGGCAUGGAGGAUGAACUCGAAGAAGAUGAUGAUCGUGUUCCCACACCUCCUGUCCGAGGAGUAGCUUCAUCGCCUGCCAUCUCCUUUGGGCAACAGUCCACUGCAACCCUCACGCCUUCUCCACGAGAGGAGAUGCAGCCAAUGCUUCAAGCCCACCUUGAUGAAUUAACUAGGGCUUACCAGUUUGACAUAGCAAAGCAGACAUGGCACAUCCAAAGCAAUACACAACCUCCUCAGGCUCCAGUUCCACCCCUAGGAUAUGUAUCUGGAAACCUUAUAUCAGACUUGGAAACAGAUGUUCCAGAUGAUGAUGAUGAUGAGGAUGAUAUUGAAGAAGAAACUGUAGAAAUCAGUAGGCCGCUAAGAGGUCUAGAGCAUACUCCAGGCUCCAGUAUGGACAAUCUAGACAGCUCUGUGACAGGUUCAAUGGUAAAUGGAUGGGGUUCUGCGUCUGAUGAGGACCGUAACUUUUCUAGUCAUAGAUCUAGUGUAGGUAGCUCCUCAGAUGACUCGAUCUUUACCAGCGGCAGUUUUGCACAAGCACUGGUUGCAGCAGCAGAUAAAGCUGGGUUUAGGCUGGAUGGAACCAGCCUGACAAGAACAG